GAUGGCUUCUACGUCACAUCCGGUAGGUCCGGUUUGACAUAAAUGCGCAUUUGACGUGCUCGUCACACCUUAAUUUUUUAUAACAAAUAACAUUUGUUAUAAAAUAUAUAUAAUAUUAUAUAUAAGAUAUUAAUAGUUAAUAUUGGUCGAGUGACACUGUCAUUCGAUGGCAGUCUUCCCUUCCAGCUGUUCGCUGUCGUGACCGCUCCAAAGUUCACCAAUGCAGCGUCCCAGUUUGCUGGUCCGACAAUGAGCUGUGUGAGGACAGGAGGACAAGCUGAAGAAUGCUCAGAUUCAGACUUAAAUCUUGGAUCGCCUUGCUGGCUCUGGUACUGCUUGUGCUUAUUGUAACAGUGGUCCUCAAGUUCCUCACCUCAGAGGUCACGGGCGAGAUAGGAGAGCCGUCUCUGGGCGAGAAGGACGCCACAAAAGAGUUCGAGUUGGAGCGCAGCAAGAUGACACAACCCGUCCAAGAGGACAAGGAACUAGGCAAGUUCCCGCCUCCCAACUACUAUCUCCAUGCUUUUUACUACAUCUGGUACGGGAACCCCGCCACUGAUGGCAAGUACAUCCACUGGGACCACCCUCGGCUCCCCCACUGGGAUCCCAAGGUGGCUGAGAAGUAUCCACAAGGCAGACACAGCCCGCCUGAGGACGUGGCGGCCAACUUCUACCCGGCUCUCGGGGCUUACAGUUCCAGGGACCCGGCUGUCAUUAAGGGACACAUGCAGCAGCUUCGUACAGCUGCCAUAGGUGUCAUCGCCGUUUCCUGGUACCCUCCUCACACGAACGACGACAACGGAGAGCCAUUGGACGCCAUCAUGCCUCUGCUGCUGGAUGUGGCUCAUCAGUAUCACAUCAAGGUGUCCUUUCAUAUUGAGCCUUACAGAGGAAGAGAUGAAGUCAACAUGUACACAAACAUCAAAUACAUCAUUGAAAAGUACGGCGACCACCCGGCCUUCUUCAGGUACCGCACCAACACGGGGAAGCUGCUGCCGCUCUUCUACAUCUACGACUCGUACCUGAUGAACUCGGAUCAGUGGGCCAAGCUGCUCAAGCACACCGAGAGCGGCAGCAUCCGCGACACGCCCUACGACGCCAUCUUCGUCGCCCUGCUGGUGGAGGAGAAACACAAGCGGGAGGUGGUGACGGCCGGCUUCGACGGCGUCUACACCUACUUCGCCACCAACGGCUUCUCUUACGGCUCCACCCAGCGCAACUGGGCCGCCAUCAAAGCCUUCUGCGAGGACAACGAGCUGCUGUUCAUCCCCAGCGUGGGGCCGGGCUACGUGGACACCGGCGUGCGGCCGUGGAACUUCCAGAACACCAGGAACCGCGUCAACGGUAAAUACUACGAGACGUCCAUGAGCGCCGCGCUACAGGUGGAGCCCAAUUUUAUCUCUGUGACGUCGUUCAACGAGUGGCACGAGGGCACUCAGAUCGAGAUGGCCGUCCCCAAAAGGGGCCGGACCGUUUAUCAAGACUACUUGCCCAACAAGCCCGACGCCUACUUGGAAAUCAGCCGCAAGUGGGCCGCCAUGUUUAAUGGCGAGCGCAGGAGAUGGCAGGAAUAAUCCCAACUUCCCGGGCGCGGCACCGCUGCUGCCCACUGCUCCCCUCACUUCCCAGGGGGUGAUCAAGGGGAUGGGUCAAAUGCAGAGAAUAGUUUCACCACACCUAAUGUGUGUGUGACAAUCAUUGGUACUUUUUAACUUUAACUGUCAACUUCAUCACUGCUACGUUCCUUACAUUCUGCUUGGUGCUUUUUAGAAGUAAACAAGUAACACAUUUAGAAUGAAAUAUGCACUUCUUAUCAGCAUUCCUUAGUUUCCCUCACCAGAUGAACAAAGUAUAUUUAAUUCUGCCUCGUCUCAAUGCCCAUCCAUCCAUCCAAGGUCGGGUCGCGGGGGCAGCAGCCUAAGCAGGUUUAGACGAGAAUUCCCUCCCCCCAGCCACUUCGUCCAGCUUUUCCCGGGGGAUCCCGAGGCGUUCACAGGCCAGCCGGGAGACAUAGUCUUCCCAACGUGUCCUGGGUCUUCCCCGUGGCCCCCACCGGUUGGACGUGCCCUAAACACCUCCCUAGGGAGGCGUUCGGGUGGCAUCCUGACCAGAUGCCUGAACCACCUCAUCUAUCUCAAUGUCAUCUCACCAAAAAAAAAUAACAUGCAGAAAUAUUGCGGCUUAGUGCUAAUCCACCAAAAUUCGGUCCUUGAAUACAUUGUUCAUUAGAGGAACAGUAACCGCAUUCUACCACUGGGUGUCGCUAUUAUCAGCAUUUUUUUAGUUUCCCUCACCAGGUGAAUAAAGUAUAUUUAAUUCUG